UAGAGAGGGAGAGGGAGCUUUGUGGUGAAGCCAAUGUUUGUCGUCGAACUCCAGCAAAUAUGAGGAUGGGAAGAUAAUGGCCCACACUGAACAGAAUGGCUGAACCUCCGAAAUUAUCAAUUUGUGUCAUUUUAUGAUGCAUUCUGACAAAACUAAGCCUGGAGAAGAGAGUGGACAGAAAGGAACAAAUGAUCGCAUCUGUUUUUUCAACCCAUUCUUCAUACCAUCCUGAGGUAUUGAGGAGGAAGGAUGGUUUUUGAGUGCAGUGUGCCAUCUUUUUGAAAUCACUGGAUCUAACAUCUCCAUGGAGGAAUUACUGGAGACAUCUGCGCGCUCCGAGAUGCCGUAGCUCUACACGAGCCGUGAUAGAUUGAGUACUUUUAUGGAAAUUGCUUGGACAUUUCUGAGAGACGUGCGGGCAGCAAUAAUACCACACACAUAAGCCAGCGCCGGCGAUCUGUGUGUCUCUGCAAUAAGUGGCUGAUAAAAAGCAAUAAACUCUCUAAAAUAAAUACAGUCAUCCGGUUGUGCGCCAUGGGCGACGAGGCGUCAAACUUCAGGGGAAGCAGCAGGACCGGUGUCUCAUCACUAAAACGCAGGACUGGUGAGGAUCACGGCAGAGGGGAGAGUCUACUAAAUUAAAACUGAUCUCCACUGAGAACAAUGAGAUUAACGAUUUUUGAGUUGCCAGAUUACCACUGUGACAGUUUUUGAUGUUAUUCAGAAAACACGAUUCAGAUCUGGGCUGUGCUGGACUUGGUCACUUUGAUUUGUUCGAGUGGCAGAGAGGGACAUGAAAUGCUUUGUUUUGUGCUUGAAAUAAACGAAUACAGCCAUAUCAUUUAAGAAAUAACUUUUAAAGGGGAUCUUUCAUAUUUUUGUUUGCACUAUGAUGGAACGAUCGCCGUGCUCGAAGAAGAGCCUGUCCCUGUCGCUCCCGGUUCCCCGGGAAGGACAGGCGACUCUGAAGCCUCCGCAGCAUCUUUGGAGACAACCCCGGACCCCCAUCAAAAUCAAACACCGGGGCUACUCCGACACCGACCGGCAUCACCACCGGCACAUGGAGCGCUCAGACGCCGUGGAUACGACCGACCGACCAGGACUGAAAAAGUCUCGGAUGUCUUGGCCGUCCUCUUUCCACGGGACCACAAACACCUCCAUCGGAAAUUGUGUCGGGAAUAAACGCUUCGAUUCAGAGAAUGGUCCCUCUCCAGGACGCAGUCCCAUGGAUUCGCAGGCGAGUCCUGGGUUGGUGCUCCACCCUUCUUUCCCCCAGAGCCAGCGCAGGGAGUCCUUCCUGUACCGCUCAGACUCAGACUUCGACACGUCGCCGAAAACCAUGUCACGAAACUCCUCCAUCAACAGUGAGGGGCACGCCGAAGACAUGAUCGUCACCCCUUUCGCUCAGGUGUUGGCCAGCCUACGAACUGUAAGAAGCAACUUCACCAUCCUCGCCAAUGUCACAACAACCACUAACAAGAGGUCACCAGUGACAAGCCAGCCCACUGUUCCCCAAGCUACACUCUCUGAUGAGACAUACCAGCAGAUGGCUCGGGAGACUCUGGAGGAACUGGACUGGUGUCUGGACCAGCUGGAGACCAUUCAGACUCACCGCUCCGUCAGCGAGAUGGCCUCCAAUAAGUUCAAGAGGAUGUUGAACAGGGAGCUGUCCCAUUUGUCAGAGAUGAGUCGCUCAGGGAACCAGGUGUCAGAAUACAUCUCCACUACCUUUCUAGAUAAGCAGAACGACGUGGAGAUCCCAUCCCCGACUUUAAGGGAGAGGGAGAAGCCCAUGUGUCACAUCAGCGGUGUGAAGAAGCUCACGCACAGUUCAAGCCUUUCAAACUCCACCAUGCCUCGGUUUGGCGUGAAGACUGAACACGAGGAUGCGUUAGACAGAGAGCUGACUGACUUAAACAUGUGGGGCCUUAAUAUCUUUCGUGUGGCGGAGUUCUCUAAUAACAGACCCCUCAGCUGCAUAAUGUUUUCCAUCUUCCAGGAAAGAGAUCUGCUAAAUACCUUUCGGAUCCCCGUGGAUACGUUUGUCACCUAUGUGAUGACCCUGGAGGACCACUACCAUGCCAACGUGGCCUACCACAACAGCCUCCACGCUGCAGAUGUCACUCAGUCUACUCAUGUACUACUAUCCACGCCGGCUCUAGAUGCUGUGUUCACUGAUCUAGAGAUACUAGCUGCGUUAUUUGCGGCUGCCAUCCACGAUGUGGACCAUCCAGGAGUGUCCAACCAAUUCCUCAUAAACACAAAUUCAGAGCUAGCCCUGAUGUACAACGAUGAGUCUGUGUUGGAGAACCAUCACCUAGCUGUGGGCUUCAAGCUGCUUCAUGAAGACAACUGUGACAUCUUCCAGAACCUGAGCAAGAGGCAGAGACAGAGUCUGAGGAAACUUGUCAUUGACAUGGUUUUGGCAACGGAUAUGUCUAAACACAUGAGUUUGCUGGCCGACCUCAAGACUAUGGUGGAAACGAAGAAAGUGACAAGUUCUGGAGUAUUGCUGCUUGACCAUUAUAAUGAUAGGAUACAGGUGCUAAGGAACAUGGUGCACUGUGCUGACCUAAGCAAUCCUACGAAACCCCUGGCUGUGUAUCGACAAUGGACGGAGAGGAUCAUGGAGGAGUUCUUCAGGCAGGGAGAUAAGGAGAGAGAGCGAGGGAUGGAGAUCAGCCCCAUGUGCGACAAACACACUGCUUCUGUGGAAAAGAGCCAGGUGGGCUUUAUUGACUACAUUGUCCACCCGCUGUGGGAGACAUGGGGGGACCUUGUGCACCCUGAUGCCCAGGACAUCCUGGACACUCUGGAGGACAACAGGGACUGGUACCAGAGCACUAUCCCACAAAGCCCCUCGCCACCACCUGUGUGCCAGGAUAAGGAUCUAAACGUCUGCAUGGACAAGUUUCAGUUUCAGCUCACCCUGGAGGACGGCACUCAGGGAGAAGAGGAGGACGAGGGGGACAUGCCUACACUGAACCACGUGGCACAAGACUGCAGUCAGGGGGAGGAGGAGGAGGAGGAGGAGGAGGAAGAGGAGGAGGAGGAAGAGGAGGACAAAAAAGAGGAGGACAUAAUGGCAGAGGAGGAAAAUGGGGACAUUAUAGAAGAGGAAGAGGAGGUAGCAAUGGAGGAGAUGGAGGAGGUGGAGGAGGAACAGGAGGAGGAGCUAAAGGCUCAGUUGCAGGUAAGAUCUGAAAAGGAAAGACUUUCUGACACAAGUCCUGUAGAGGAAGAGGAAGAUUCUUCUUCACAAGCCGAAGAUACAUGAGUUCUGCUCCCGUAUCUCCCUCCUCCCGUGCACACAUCAUUUUGUUCAUCCUUUUCAAUGGCCAAACCAAGAACAAAUAAGACUGCAAUGACAGUACAGACCUUUAAAUAUAUUUUUCAAAAAGGGAAUAAAUGUAAAUCGCUUCAAGAGAAGGUAAUUACACAGCAACUGUAGAUUUGGAGUGGUGACAAGUCCUCCGACCGAUUUCACAACGAACUUUAGACUAAGAGGAACUGAGGAGAGCAUUCAAGACGGACAACUGAAGACAGCGUAGCACUCUGGGACUGUGAUGCACACACACACACACACACACACACACACACACACACACACACACACACACACACACACACACACACACACACACACACACACACACACACACACACACACACACACACACACACACACACAUAGUAGGAGCAAGUCAUGUCAAAAUAUACCAAUUCAAUAAUGUGAGUGCAUACAUCAGUCAUGCAGUAUAAUUGGUGCGCAAAUGUACCCCUUAUUUUCUUCUGUUCACACAAACAUACACAGACACACACUCUUGACCAUGUGUUUGUGUGUGUGCAUUUACAUGAGGGACAUUGAUCAGUAAUGAAUCUCUUUGGAAAAAGCCAUCUCUUAAAGGAGUAUUAACUAGUGUUCAGUCAGUAUUAGUAAUUCAUGUUCGUUAGAACCUCAACAGAAACUGUUCUCCUCUGACAAGCUACUCAGCCGAGGAACUUUUUUUUCCAUUUCUGUCGGAAAGAAAAGAAAAUCCACAGAGUUGGAGGAGGAGAGAGGAAGAUGCUGAAGGAAAAGAAGAUGCUGCGAUGGAGGGGCCGCCGGCUCCAAUACCCCUUUCCCUUUACGAGGAGAGUGCUACUGGUGCAAGAUGGCUCUGUGCCUUUCUGAAACACCAGCUUCCUGAAUGGAGCUGUCGUGAAGCAAUGCAUUGUGGGACAGGAGUGUCUACUUUUGUUAUCAUUUUUGAUUGUCUCUUGUUAAAGAUCUCUCUUUACUGUUCAUGGUAUUGUGGUGUGUAUCUCACACGUACAGUUUCUGUGGUGAUAUGUUUUAAGUCUUCCUUUGUUGCUCUUCUGGUAAUAUAAUAACUCAGAAGUCUAGAUGCAGAGCAAUCAUCACCACCUCCACAACCAUCAGUGGACUUUUUCCAGCUUAUGGUUUUUUCUUAUUAGAAUGAUUUUUUUACUUUCUGAGAAUAAGCCAUGUGAUGCUUUGAAGCAUAAGUUUUGCCUAUUUUCUAUUUAACAAUUUCUAAAUAUGUUGAAGGGAUACAGAAUUAUUUCAUCAGCAGAACAAAUUUCCACUUGCCAUCUCACACCCACUUGCACUGCGUGGUUAUUUCUCCUCAUACACAAUGAUUCUCACCAAAGGAAAGGAUGAGAAGCUUCAGUGGGUGAAGUGAUUUGAAGGAAUACGGAUGAAGAUGAAAAUCAGGGAGGCAGAAUGUUAGGAGAAAGAAGCGUUACUUGACCAAAAGCUGGUCUGGCAGUCCCUAAUCAUCCUUGUUAUGUUUGAUGCUUUUUUGCCUUAAUGUCAGAUGCAGGAUACAUACCUGCCAGUAUGUAGAUUUAUAAUAUAUAUAAUAGAUAUCCUAGUAUAUUUAUAUCACGUCAGUAUGCUUAUUUCUGUGAGUAUCAGUGUGUCUAUACACAGUGUAUCCAGCAUUGCAUAUAGAGGGAAAAGGAAAAACAUUGCUGCGAAUAAUGUUGUCGCUGAGCUCGGACUAACAUAAAGAAUGUGCUGUUUUUUAUCAGGAAGGUAAAAUUACUUUCUUAUAGCUUCAUGAAAGCAUGAGGAGGGAAUAAGAAUUAUGAGAUAAGAUUUUGCGGGCGGUGAGAACGAAUAGGGAUGUCCUUUAAUCCUUUAGUUUGAAUCUGACCAGUUAUCGAUUUGACAUGAUGGAGUUGAUGCGUGUAUUUGUUUGUGUGGCUUUUUGUGUGGUCAUGAGUAAAUGUAACAGAGAGAGAUGGCAGGAUGCUUAAGAGGUUGUCAUAUGUGUCAUUGGUCCCUCACCGGCAUCAGCACAAGUUGUUGAAUGGUGUUCAGGAUUUGAUCAGCUCAAAUAGGUCACAGCUUGUUUAGGUGUUUGUUUUUCACAGGGUAAAAAAAACGAAUAAAAUAACAUGAGUGUGGUUCUUUUGAAGGGUAAGAGCAAGUUCCUGCAGGUCAGUAACUGAGCUUAUCUGAAGACGCCACAGCUCGGAGCUAUAAGCCUGUGUGUUCGACCUGCUCUGUCGCAGGACGGAGCAGAGCUGCCGGGCCACCACACAGGCUUUCACCUUGUACAAUGGGAAUCCAGGAUUACUACUGCAGUUACUUAAAUAAAAGAUUCCCAUAUGCAUCGGCCUUUCACUUUAAAGAUGUUGCUUUGUUUUUGUGGCUUCUUGUUUUGUCAUAAGCUAUAAAAACAUCAAUAUUUACUUGCCAUACAAACACGAUACUGUAGCAAUUGUUUCUUAUUAAGAAAUGUAUUCAACUGAUUGAUUGCUGCCAUUCUUUUAAAUGAUGAAAAGAAAACCAUGGGAAGUGUUUUCUUUGAACAGUUUGUGUACAGUUUAUUUUUAUAUCAUUCUGGUGGAUGGUCUAGAAAAUGAAUCAUGUGUUGAUGAUAUAGCUAUAAGCAUAACCAAUCUUGUAUAUAAUGUAAUAUUGGAUUGUAAAUUAUACAUUUAUCCAAGUCAUAAUGAUUGACAAAUAACCACUUAAGGUUGUUUUGUGAACCACUAAAACACUGCAGGCCACAUCCUCACCUUUUCAUUCUCUAGUUAUGUUUUCGCUCACUUGUGCUAACAUAUUUUAAUCGUCCACAUUUAUUGUUGAAAUCAAAUAUAUUUGUACCAGCACUUUAUUUCGUCAGGUUUUGAGGCAGACAGUGUGUUUCAGGUAGUAUUCAGUCUGUGUCUGGUGGUUUGGUCAUUGGCAGUCACCCAUUGAUCAUUUUACAUUGGGCCAAAUCACAAACUCGUUGUGCAGUAGUCAAUGUUAACGACUUUUCUAGAGGUCUAUUCAAACAAACAAGUAAUUCUCCAUUAAUAGUCCAUGUGAAAUUGAACUAAUUUGACUGAUAAAGUCAAAGUUGAGCUGAUGUAGUCACAUUGGAUGUGACAUUUUGAAAAGGAAUACAUGUGUCCUUAUCUACCUUGGCCAUUUUAGUACUACCACCACUUCUAUUUCUUAGUAACUUCGAUCUUUGUUAGCCUAGAUGUCCGUCCCGUGGUGGCCUAGUGGUUCCCAUCUUGGGUGGCUGUUAGGUCACUUUUUCACAGAGACCCCUCUGUGAAUAUUUUUUUCUGGGCUUUAAUUCAUGUGUUUGUUCACAAGUAAGACAUAUUAUUCAAGGGGAAAAAACAACAUGAAAUGAUUGUAAUAUUUGUAAAUGAUCUUGCUGUAAUGUGUAAAAUGUGUCCAAGUUAUUUUUUAUUAUAUUAUUUUUAUGAAAGUUUUUCCUCUCAACAGAGCUGAGGUGUCAUUUUGUGAAUAAAUGCAUUUAAUAAGCAAACAUCUAUAUAUAAAACAAUAUUAUAGUA